UAAAUUAAAAAUUUGAAUUCAUAAUGAAUCGAAGUCAUUCCCCAAUACUGAGACCUCUUUCAAAUAUAUCCAACAGAAAACUUACAUCCAUAAAUGCAUAAAACAAACAAAAUUCAAAUUAAAAUUCCUCAAAAUCAUUUGCUCAAAACUCAGUUAGAUAUCCACAAUAAAUUGCUGCUACCAAAUCAACUAUUUAGGAAGUCAAAACUCUAAAAAACAAUAUCACAACCCCUAAGAGUAGUAUUACUUCGUUCACUUCCACUCCCAGACUUAGUUUAAAUAGCAAUGAAGAUAAUAAAUCAACAGAACUCAGGAAAACAUUCAAUGGUUAAUAAAACUCUAAAUUUUUACUUUUUAAAAUAGUUGUCUUUUUAAGUUUGGUUGCUUUUGCCCUUUUGUUUUACUAAAUACAAGCAAAUUUGUCUCUGUCUUCAAAAUCCAACACAAUAUCUGGUGAGGUCCAGUAUGCUAAGGAGAAAAUUAUUGCUGAUAGCAUUUCGAAUUCAAUUAUUUCUGCCGUUGUAUUUGACCGCUAAAAAAUCAAUUUGUAGAAGGAAAAGAAUGAUGUAAAAUCAUUUUAUUAGGAGGAGUUCUCAUCUAAUUUGUGGAAAAUGGUAUUUAAAUUUAAUUAUUCUAAUUAGGUUGUAGAAAAUGUGAAUAAGGAUUUAAGAAUAAGAUUAGAAAAAUAAGACAAAGAAGAAUUCUGGACUAUUUGA